AUGCCGGCGGCUGCCAUUUCCCUUUUCCCUUGUAUCUCCUCCGCAUCACCCCUGCCUCCCUCAGCAUCCUCGCACAUGCAGAAGGCACUCGGCGGACUUUGCUCUGUGUCACCCAGACGUGGCAGUAGUGCAGCUGCCGCCACCUUACAUCGUACCACCCCUGCGCAGAGCCAGAGAGACGACAACAACGCCGACGACAGUGGCCGGCACUACGAUGGGGAGUACGACCGACUGAUCUUCUCUCCCAUCCAUCCGAACCGCGCCGCUUUUACUGCUGCUCCAGGCUCACUGUUGUCACACAAUUUAGUGCAUCACUACUCGGAGUCGCUCCCGCUGAGUAACGCAAGACACAGUCCACCAUCACGAGGCUUGAUUACCGCCUCGCAGGCCGCCGCGGCGCUAGAUCGCCUUCCAGAGCUCCCCACCUCUCAGCGGAGGCAAGCGGCAUCGUCGGCGGUCACGGCCCUCAUCGCUGGUCGAGAAGCCGCAGCCUCAACUUUGUCAUCGACGUCGUGUCGACCCUGCAGCAAAACGCCUCCUGCAGUGUCAACUGAUGCACUGCCCCUUCAGCCGGAGGCGUGGUGGUCGACGCUGGAUGGAACGUUCUCUGCCACCAACACGCUCCUCGGUGAUGAGUCGCAGCAGCUCUACCACAUCGCAGAGACACCAGCGCCGGCCCCUUCGCAUCCUUUCCUCACCCCCAGCCUGAACAGCACGCUGGGUCGAGCGGACCGCGCUGCCAUUGUGCUGUCCACGCAUCUUUCUCGUCACACUAACUUGGCACCGGGGGGAUCGGUUGCAACAGGAGUCUUGAGAGCCAAGGACGGCGACGCUGAUGCGAGUGUGAGCAGCGCUGACAGAACCAUCAAAGACGAUGAGGCGACGGCAGCUGCUGUCGCUGCCGUCGCGAUGCGGCUGUCGUGCGCCACCGCGGGAGGUUCGCUUAGUGGAGGUCUCAGCGGGGCUGCGAACACGAUGCUUUCCAACGCAUCGCGUGGCAGCGGCGGGCAGAACACGCUUCAGGGACUGCGUGAAACGUUGCGGCGUACACAGUCAUCACCAGUGGAGCUAGAGAUUCCUGCUCCUAAUAUCGCACCGCACUGCUUGGACAUGUCGGAGGAAGGCUAUGGGUCGCUUUCUUCCUCCAACAAGCAAAGCAAGCCGGCGCCGUCACGGACCACUGGCACCUCGCGUACACAUCGGUGGAUUUCCGAGGGCGUUGCUCCCCCGCACGGCUCUCAAGACGGUGGCACCGGAAUCAUCAAGAGAGGUGGCGGCACGCAGCGUAUCCGCGACCCAGCGGUGCACCUCUACGCCCAGAAUGCACCUCGUGCACCCGCACCGGUGAUGCCUCUGCUGCCGGCGUCGCGUGCAUUUUUGCCGUCAGAACUGCUUCCUGGUGGCACCGCUGGGGACCGAGCGGGCAAGGUGAUGCGGGGCCUGCAUCAAGCACCCUCUGCCAUCGGUAGCAGAAUGCACAACACCGAAACGCCCUUCGUGGGCUCUACAGCCGACCCAAACGCUGCAACUCGGGAAGGGGCAGGCAUACACACUGACGACAAGGACGGCCGUAUGAAUGCCGCAUCACAUGCGCUACCUCCUCCAUUGCACCGGCACCGCGUCGCCGUCGCUGUCACUGCUGCUAAGCCGGCGCUGACGCUUCCAUGGGAGCGGGACCGCCUCACGCUGGAGGCGAUGGAGAGACGGUACGGAGCGCAGAGUGCUGUACACACGCUUCGACGGCGCCGCCGCUACCAUGGCUACCGUCGUUCCGAGGUGCCGCCAGCCGCGGAUCGCCGGCCACGCGGCAGCCACGCCGAGACUCUGGCUCUCUUGACGUCUCCAGUCGCCUCCUCAGUACCCACCUCAGACUUCUCUGCCGCCUCGCUAACUAGCUCCAUAUUCAUUCGAGAACUUGGAGAAGUUGAGGCGGCGCGUCAAAUGCUCGAGAAGCAUCGGUGGAGACUGGCCACGCCACGCGAGGCGGUGAGCAGCGCAUCCGACGAUGUUGCGCAACGAUCGCGAUCGCCGAGUCGUCACGGCACCAGUGGCACUCAAGCCCAUCUACCGCACGGCAUGACGGGCAGGGAGGCGACGGCAAAGGCGUACCGGCAAGAGCAGCUGCGACUGUACGUGAGUCACCUCACCACGCCCUCCACGCUACCUACGGAUGGGUCUGUGGCAGUAGAGCAGGGCCAGCUGGAUGCAGGCAGGCCCCUCCGGGGCACAGAGCACCACACAGCCGGCGCCAGUGCGAAUGAUGCACUCCUUGCGUGCGCACCUGGCGGCGAUGCCGCCUCGAGCACGAGGAGAAGCCGUGCUGGUGCUGCAACCUUCGGUGCGAGUAACACUGCGGCCACAGUUGCAAAGGCAACUGCGUCAAAGCUCACCGCAGUGGCCACCUCCGGCCGCAAUGCGCUUGAUCGUGCUCUGCAGGCCAGAGCGGCACUUCUGCGCAGGCAUGCUCAAGACCAAUCGACGUGGAAGCGACAGCUGCACCAGGUGCGUCAAUGGUGCGACCGCACACAUGUGAUGGUGCGCUUCGACAAUGGUGUCUGCGCGGAGCAGAUGGCCGCAGCCCCGUUGCACCGAACUGUUGCGCGGCAGCACCAACGACAAGAUCGCCAGGAAACAACGGAGGUGAGUCACCGCCCGAGUUCGGGGGACGCGCACGUGGGCGCAGGCAUCUUUGUUACGAAAAUGAGCGAUGACGCUGCGGGGCAGCACUUUGUCUAUGUGGACGACCCUAUAAGAGCCCACGAUGCUGUGAUGCAGCAGCUGGCGGAGGAGGACAACGAGGUGCAGCGGCAGAACGAGCUACAGCGGUGCCGAGAACGACGACACGCACCUUCGCUCGAGUGGUGCAUAGGCGACUCCCAUGCUAGUCCGUCGGCGCCACCUAUGCAGAGCGUUGGAUCUGGCAGAGCAGCGGCGCAAGCGAUAUCCUCCUCUUCGCUAAGCCAUCGCUCAGAGAAUCAUGAUGCGACACGGACGCAGUUUUCAGGUGCAGUGGAUGCAGGCUGGGAUCUCUUGAAGUCUAUGCCGCUGCUGAUCGGACUGGACACGAACCCGGCACCGCUGCAGGUAGGUCAGCGAAGCGUCCAGUUUGUCAUUUCAGCAACGGACGAGCUGGCUGCGAAAGGGACAAGCUCGAUGUUGCUCAGCCAGGCGUCGCCGUUAUCGAUCCGUCCGCCGCAGAUGUCGAUGCACACUGCUUUGUGCGCGCGUUUGCAGACGUGGGGCACAGACGUUGCAGACGAAGAGGAGGCUCUGAGCCGCGGAGGCAGCACCGCAAUAGACACCGCUGCUCUUCCACCAGCUGACGCUGCUAGCGCUGGCCUUAAUGCCUGCACAGCGCCACCUACGUGGCAAGGUGCACGGAAAGGCAGCGUGCCGUGUAGCAGACGCGCUACACGGCACGCUGACCUUUCCGAGAACUCUCCUGGCCGAUCGGCAAACGAGUCCAAGGGUGAGCCAGGAGAUUCGGCGCAGAAGAGAACCACACAACACGGUGCCACCCCCUCUCUCAUCCACCUGCAGCGAGCCUCGCUGAGCCAAAGCGUGCCGGCUAUUCUCACAAGGGUAGAGCGUGACCUCUUGAUCUUUGUGCUGACCUGUGCCAGCGGAGAUGGCGGUGUUGAACGCCUUGCGGCUCUGUUUUCGCUAUGCAGCGGUCGCCGUAUUGAUAACAGCGCUAUCGAGUGUCCCUCCGACAGCGCUGCUGGUGAAGGUCGAUCUCUAGCUACACCGCUGCCACCGGCGCUGGUUGCCUUGCUCACGAUGCUGGACCAAUCGCCUCAAACACCCAUUUGCGAUGGCACCGCUGUCGAGGCUGCCGCGGCUCAGGAGACGAGCAGCUCUGGCGCCACGGAGGCAAAGGAGCAGCAUGGGGUUGGCAGGGAGUCACCUCUGUCAAGCCCACGUGACCUCGAGGUGAAGAUCACCCAAGAAACUACUGAUGUCCGCGGAGACGCAUACGCUGUUGCAGGCUUCCCGAGUAUCGAUCACGAGUCUGGGAACGGAAAAGGGUCAGCGGCAACGACGCUCCCUACAGACCGCGCAUCAGCGGCGGCUCCGACCCCAGAGAAAACAGUGCCGCCGUGGAGCGCGUUGGUUACCUCGCUGCUCAGCGGCUACAAUAUAUUGGACCUUAGCUUCCUUCGACAGCUGCACCUGCUCCUGUGGCACUACGAGACGCAGGAAUAUAAGCGCGCGUGCAUCACGGUGGCAGAGACCUCGAACGAAGUUGUAGCACAAAGUGUGCUACCGCCGCCGCCGUCGACCACCAUGCCAUACCGAUCACAGAGAACACCACCCGCCGUGUUUCCCCUCUCGUUGCAACUUUCCACCUCGCAGGAGACAAGGAUGGCUUUUAGGACCAGUUUCAGACUCUCCGACAGCGGUCGCAGCACAUUGUCUACUGUGUUGGUGGACGCUGCGGACCUGCUCAACGCGAUCACAGCCACAACGUUGCUUCGCUGGCUGUGCGACGCCUGCCGCCAAAGCCCCACAAGCAGUUGGGCAGAGCUGGUGGAGCGGGUACCUGCAACGUGCGCACAGGAUUGGCAGAAUGCGCUCAUGCGAUGCAUCGAGGCCGCUUCCUCAGAAGUACAUCCUCCUCAAUGCGCCUCGUCGAAAGCCUCAUUGUGGUCAGACGAGUUGCGGCGAUUGAGCGCGCCUUUCCCCACCGGGCCAGCUGCCACCACGGCCCCUCCACCCUCCCCUCGUCAGCUCGAGUGCUUUGCGUUCGAUAGUGCAUCUGCACUUGAAAGUGUGAAGUGGCGACUGCGCCGGAUUCACGACGUGCUGCACCGCGCGAGUUUGCGUGCUGAACAGGAACGAAUCACUGCGAACACGGCCGCUGCUACUGACGCGACCGUUGGCGCCCUCUUCACCGCUGGCAGCACCUCCAACGCCGUGCCCGCGGCCUUUCCCUGUGUAGGUGACACGCCAUACCUUCCUGGGGUUGAGGCGCGCGCUCGCUACCCGCUGGAUAUGCGUAACCUAUACCUUCUGUCCGCACUGGCAGCUGAGGACAUAGACGCGCGCGUUGUGCCGCAACUGCGUGAGUCGAGGGUGCAGUACGCAGAUGCUCUGCAGGCGGCGACAGCCCCAGGGACGCUGGCCAGCGUGUCUGGCAGCUCGUCCGUGUCAAAAAUAUCUCCGUUGGCCUUCUCGAGGUCGGCGGCUUCGCUUCCUCUGGCGCUGCAGCAGCGCGUGCCACUUGAUCGCCUGUUCCAGAUCGAGCAGCGCUUCGUUCGCCUUCUAUCAGCACUGUGGAACGCAGAGCAGUCCAUUUUUGCCUUCAAUCGGCACGUGGCCCCAUUCAACGCCUUCACAGCGGCGGAGCAACGCUGUUGGGGGUCGCUCUACCGCAGCUCACUGAAGGUGGCCUACUUUGUCUGUGAGGAGCUGACAGAGAAGGGAAUGGAAAGUGUCUCGACAGAGCUGCUGCCGUUCGUGUCGAUUGUUGCCUCAUUCACCGGCUGCUGCGGCGGACAUCGCGAGCUCUUGUCAAAGCUGAAUGCAAUCAUGCUAGACCUAGCGGAGCGGGCGAAGAAGGUUCAGGUACCGCUGGAGUCUCUUUCGUGGCAAAAGAAACGGCCCCAGGUGCUUGCGGAGGCCAUCGCAGCCUCCAAGAUUGCGUGUCGACGUGCGGCGGCGGUGGUCUCAUGCCUCACGACCGAGGCGGACGUCGUAGGCCUCCCGCUGACGGAGCUGGCGAUGCCCGCGCUGCGCCUCAUACACGUCCUGCCGCUUUCUCAGUUACAAGAUAACGCGUGA